AUGUCGUGGGUCUUGGGCGGCGACCGGUCGCUGCGGCGGCUCGUCAUCUUCUUCUUCUUCGCGAUGCUGAGCUACCUCCUUGUGAACGCGCUCGCCUUUACCAUCUGGGUCGUCUGGGUCUUGAUCUCGUUCCUUCUGCAAGCGUGCCUCGCGCCGUGCCAGUCGGGCGGCUUCAAAGCCUUUUUCCGCUCGUUCCUCGAAGAAAACAUCUACACGGGCUUCCUCGAGUGGAUCUGCCGCUGGGAAAUACGCGUCCGGAACGUCUACGAGCUCAAACGCUACGUCGACCCGUCGCGCCCGGUCGCGGUCGGCCCGUACAUUUGGCGCGUCGCCUUCUACUUUGUCCUAUGGAAGUCGCUCGAGAGCACGGUCUUUGGCGCUAUCAACCGCAUCAACAUUACGAUCUACCACCCGCUCUACUUUGCCGACGUCGUGUACAAUUGGGAAUCGCCCAACGACUUCAACUCCACGCUCCUCAACUCCACGCUCUUCAACGACACGAUCGUCGCACCAAGCGACGCCGACGACAUACCGUACACGGGCGUGAGCUUGGCCUUUGUCACCGUCGGCGUCGUCCUUGGAACGAUCCUCGUCCUGCGCAUCCUUGCCCACAUCAUUUGCCGCGUCUGCUCGGUCUGCAUCGACCCGAUCUUUCGCCCCCGGUACAAGUACUCAACGACCGACGUCGUGGCGCCGCCGCCAAGCAGCAACGGCAAGACGCUCCGGUUCAUGCACAACGGGUACGUGCAGUUUGACGACUCGGCCCUGCGCGUGCCACCCACGGCUGUGCACGGGGAAGAUGCGCUCGGUCUCACCAUUCGAAGCGGCGCCACCGAUUUCUACUGCAUUCCGGUACCCGACCCGCCCGAGUUGCAUGCCAACAAGCCGCCGCCGACGCCAAUCCCGCUGCUUGAGAGCAUCUCCGUGUCCAGCCCACGUUCGAGUAUUGGACCGCACGAGGAGGCGAAGCGCCAACGACUCCUGCACACCGAGUCGUCACGUAACUACGCUCGGCAAUCGUCGAUGAUGACGCUCCUUGAAGCACACGAGCUGAUUGAAGUGCCACACCGGAGGCUCGUGGUUGCACCAGCUGCCAAAGCGCCCAACUACGACCCGUUCCCAGCUUCGUACGAAGCGCCAAGCUAUGGCGUCUACCGCAGCGUCAAUUUCGAUUCCUUUAAAGAGACGCCAGCCAAUCUCACGGGGUUGGUCAAGUACGAUGUGCUCUCGCCGACGAACCGCCCGUCGCAGUCGUUCCAGCUGCCCCGCGUCUGGCGCGCCAUUGACGACCCAACAAUCUCUGCUCGGUCCUUGAGCACGAUCGACCCGGUGCACUUUUCAGCCUUUUGCCCGCCGGUUGUCAGCACCAGUGUCUUUACCUUCUCCAUCUGGGCCUUCCUCGUCCACCAACGCGACGAGAUGCGCGAAGAAGCGACGACUCGAAACGACGAUGGCGCCAAGCAGCUCUCGCGCGAGGUGCUCAUGCACGUCCGCCGCGGCGCGCGCGUGCACGUGACGCUGUCCGUGCCAGACGGCUUUCGGCUGCUGGACGCCGCGACCAAGCCGUUGGAGUGGGACGGCCACGUCACCCACGUCUCCUACAAUGUCCAAGGCAAAGCGAUUGUCGACGGACAAGUGCUCUUUGCGGCAUCGAUCGUGCUGGGCGCGCAAGUCAUGCGUCUGCGGUCGUAUGUGUUUGCGUCGUCCAAGCCCGUCAAGGAGAAGCAAGACGAUGACGAGGCGGGACCGGUCGAAGUGACAGCGUCGAGCUUGGAGAUGUUGCCCGAGACGUACGAAGAGAUCGCGUACGACGAGCUCGAGAUGAAGAACCUUGUCGGUCGAGGCAACUUUGGCGACGCGUACCGCGCUCGGUACCGCGGCCAAGACGUCGUGGUCAAGACACUCCGGCCGAGCGAGUUUGGCGACAACCAAGACCAGAUCGUGCAAGAGUUUCGACACGAAGCCGCGGUGCUCUCGCUGUUUGGGCACCACCCCAACAUUGUGCCGUUUGUGGGUGCGUGCACGGACCUCUCGCAGCCGCUGAGUCUCGUGACCGAGUACUUGCCGUUCGGGAGCCUCGAAGACCAGCGAUCCACGUUGAGUGUGGAGCAGAAGCAGCAGAUUCUCAAGGGCGCGGCGUCCGGCUUUCUCAACAUGCACGAAGGCCGGUUCAUCCACCGUGACAUUGCGGCCCGCAACUGCCUCGUGGACGCCACGCUGAACGCGAAAGUAUGCGACUUUGGCAUGUGUCGGCGCGUCGGCGCGGUGGGUGGCAGCUACUUUGCGCACGGGACGGGGCCGCUCAAGUACAUGGCGCCCGAGUCGCUGACGCCGCCGCAUGCGUUUUCGUACCAGUCGGACGUCUACUCGUUCGGCGUCCUGAUCUGGGAGACGUACCACGGCGUGAGUCCGUUUGCAGGUCUAAGCGGGGCCGAGGCGGCGGCGCGCGUCUUGUCGGGCGACCGCUUGGCGCUGUCAACGGCGAUUCCGCUGCAUCUACAAGACCUUGUGACGCAGUGCUUCCGCGACGACCCGUCCAAGCGGCCGAGCAUGGCGCAGGUGCUCAUGGCACUCGAGUGAGUGGCUACAUGUGUGAACCAGUCGUAUUUAAUUCUAGG